GGCAAAACCAGCUGGCAUUUCGCCGGCCGCUCACUUGGCCUCAUUUCUGCGAGCGCGCAAUCCCAGCCCCCAACCACAGCAGCCCCAUGCUCACCGACACGACGCUCAAGAUCGAGAACGUCCGCGUCCUCCGCGGCGGGAAGCUCGUGCCCACGUUCCUCUGGGUCGAGAACGGCAAGAUCAUGGACCCGCAAGCGCGCUUCUGGCGCGCGCAGACCGCCGCCGAGUACGGCCCGACACGCGUCGUUGACGGCCGCGGCCUCAUUGUAGCCCCCGGGUUCCUCGACGUCCAGCUCAACGGCGCGUACGGGCACGACUUUACCGACAUGGACUGCACGCCCGAGAACAUCCUGGAGGUGCGCCAGCGUCUCCUUGCGACCGGCGUCACGGCCUUUUGCCCGACCGUCAUCUCGUCGUCGGCCGAGACAUAUUCCCAAGUCCUCCCCAAGUUUUCCCGCACGGACGACGGCCACAUCGUUGGCGGUGCCAACAUGAUUGGGCUGCACCUCGAAGGACCGUUCAUCAACCGCGAGCGCAAGGGCGCCCACAAGGAAGAGGUCUUUGCCGAGCCGGAAGAAGGGCUCAAGUCGCUUGAGGCGCGCUACGGACCGCUAACGCGCGAUACGGUGGCGAUCGUUACGCUCGCGCCCGAGCUCAAGGGCGCGCUCUCGGCCAUUUCGGAGCUCUCGCAGCGCGGCAUCGUCGUGUCGGCCGGCCACUCGUCGGCCAACGUCCAGCAAGCCAAUCUCGGAAUGGACGCGGGUAUCACCAUGCUCACGCAUUUGUUUAACGCGAUGGCGUCCUUCCACCACCGGGAUCCGGGUCUCGUCGGUCUCCUCGGCGCGACGACUGCACGGCCUUACUAUGGCUUGAUCCUCGAUGGGAUUCAUUCGCAUCCGACCUCGUGUCGCAUUGCGCAGGCGAGCCACCCGUCUGGCCUCGUCCUCGUGACCGACUGCAUGGCCGGCAUGGGCCUGCCGGAUGGCAACUACGAGCUCGCGGGCCUCGCUGUCGACGUCAAGGACGGCCGCGCGUACCUCCACAACACGACGACCAUCGCCGGCAGCGUCGUGCAAAUGGACUCGUGCAUUCGCACACUGCGCAAGUACACCAACUGCUCGAUCGAGUAUGCGCUGGAGGCAGCGACGCUGCACCCGGCGGUGGCCCUCGGCUUGGCGCCGACCAAAGGCACGCUCGAAUUUGGCGCCGACGCCGACUUCGUGCUUUUAAGCGACGACCUCGAGGUGCUCCAGACGUACAUUGCCGGCGUCCUCGUCUACGACCGCGGCGACACGCCCCAAAUCCAGUACCGCGUCCAUGACGACGACGAGCACGGAGCGCUCAUGACGCAUUACGACUUGGACGAUGACCGCGCGAUGGACAAGGCGGCGAGCGCUGGCCAGCUGCACUUGCUCACGCAGCUGCACGCCAAGGGCAGCGCGUCGUGCACCGCCCACGCAAUGGACAUUGCGGCCGCCAACGGCCACUUGGCGGUCGUCCAGUUUUUGCAUUGGAACCGGACCGAAGGCUGCACGACCAACGCGAUGGAUCUCGCGGCUGGCAACGGCCAUUUGGAGAUCGUCCAGUUCCUCCACGCGCAUCGUACCGAGGGCUGCACGGCGUACGCGAUGAAGGCCGCGACCGAGAACGGCCACCACGAAGUCGUCGAGUACCUUAUCCAAGAGCGCAACUCGCUUUGUAUUCAGGACGUCUACUCGCCGCGCGACUAGGUGUCGUUUAAAAUCCAACAUGUUUUCUG